CACACACAGACACACACACACACCCACUCCCUGGUCUGCGUGCUGUCGGCGGAGAAGCGUCCCUUCUCAGUCUCCUGAUGGCCGGCCAGUGGCAGCGGCUAGGAGGAGUGCUGGGUCUCCUCCAGCUCACCCUGCACAUCUGUCUCCUCCACCCGCCGCUCAGCGCCCUUCCCUGGACUGCCAGUGACACCAAGCCCCCUCUGCAGGGACAGAGCUUUGAGGUGGUGAAGGGCACAUUCUCUCGCCACUUUCUCAGCAUUGGCUACCAUCAGAUCGUGGAGAUUCCUGCAGGAGCACAGAACAUCAGCAUACAGGAGACCACCAAAAGCAGAAACUACCUGGCAAUCAAAACCAAAAGUGGUGUGUCCAUCAUCAAUGGCAACUGGGGUAUCGAUCGGCCAGGGGUCUUCAUCGCCGUGGGAACGCAGCUGACAUACCGGCGACCAAAUGAAAUCCGCUCUCGCAUCGGAGAGUCCAUCAUUGCACCUGGGCCGCUCACCGAGGAUCUAUACAUUUAUUUGAUCUAUCAGCAGCCAGACCCUAGUGUUUACUAUGAGUACAGUGUGCCCCUGUACAACUCACACCCAACCCCUGAGCCACGAAUACCCCCUGAUAUUCUGUCUCUUGUGGAGACAGUUGACCCAGUCAGCCCACACAAAGACUCAAUCAUCGAGGACAUCAGCAACAACGAAAUCCCCAAAGACGCGCCCAACCCCAGCCAGAGUGGACCUGAGCCUGAGGGGAAACCUGACCCCCUCCCUUACAUCUGGAGCCAGGCCGGACAUACAGGCUGCAGUGCCACCUGUGGAACAGGCAGACGCGAGGCACUGUGGAGGUGUGUGGAGAAUGAAUCUCUGCUCGCUGCUUCUUUUGACCUCUGCGACCUUGCUCUGCAACCUCCGACCCGGGAAGAGGACUGCAUCACCCAGCCCUGCCCUGCACACUGGGACCUGGGGGAGUGGUCCGAGUGUAGCCGGCGGUGCGGUCCGGGGACCCAGCAGCGGCAGGUCAUCUGCCGCCAGGUGACCCACACCCACUCCAACGGGACGGAGACGCUGGCCACGCUGGGGGCGGAUAGCUGUGGCACGUUACACAGCCCCGUGACCAAGGCCUCCUGCCAGCUCAAGAUCUGCAGCCAGUGGCAGAUACGCUCUGAGUGGAGCUCAUGCUCGGUGCCGUGCGGGGUGGGCCGGCGGGCCAGGGAGGUGGUGUGUGUGGGGGACCAGGGGGACGUGGAGGAGGACUCGGAGUGUAACGGGGCCAUGAAGCCCCCCACGCUGGAGAACUGCGACAUGGGGGUUUGCGCCCGAAGCUGGUUCACCUCCCGCUGGAGCCGGCGGUGUUCUGCAGAGUGUGGUGAGGGCCGUCAGACCAGGACAGCGCGCUGCCUGAUGGAUCAUGUGACCAACCUCCCAUUGGACAGCUGCGAAGGAGCCCGCCCACAGGAGGUGACAUCGUGUAACCUGGGGCCGUGUGAGGAGCGUCUGGAGUGGUUCACGGGCCCCUGGGGACAGUGUUCAGCAGAGUGUGGGAACGGCACUCAGACCCGCGUUGUGGCUUGCCUGCUCAACAGCAACGGCAGCAUGGAGGUGGUGGCUAAGUUGAAAUGCUCCCACCUGCCUCAGCCAAUAACCUCUCAGCCCUGCUUCCCGGAGCCAUGCGGUGGCCAGUGGUACACCACAGACUGGAGCGCAUGCUCAGCGUCCUGCGGCGGAGGCUACCGCGUGCGCGAGGCACGUUGCCUGGCCGACCGUGUCGCCCCCGGCGACCACUGUGACCCAGCGACCGCCCCCGAGAGUCAAGAGGAGUGCAACGCCCAGCGAUGCGUCACAGCGACCGACUCCUCCUGCCGGGACCAGUACCAUAACUGUGCGGUGGUGGUGCAGGCCCGGCUGUGCGUUUACCCCUACUACAGAGGGGCCUGCUGCGCCUCCUGCUCCAACGCACCCAAGCCCUACGCACACAGCUUCACCAGAAAGCACCUUCGCAGGGACACCGGGAGACUCGACUCAGGGAGGAUAGAGCUCACACACAAAGAGGGAUGAAAGAGGAAAACAAGUGGCAGAAAGGGGAACAAAUGGAAUGACUAGUCAGCAGUUUCAGCGAUGGCUACCAUGUGUUCUGCAACAUUAUGUUUCCAUUGGUUUACUGUAACAAUAUCUCAGUACAGGCCUCCUGAUUCAACGACAAGGAAUCGAGUGGUGGUUGUUAGAAACGGUGUAUUGUCUAGUGGGGUUAUUCUUAGUACUCACGUGAAAAUGUUAAUAUUCAAUCUAUAAAUCAAUCAAUAUUUAGUAGCCUAAUGUACUUUUUUCCCCAUCAAGUGUAAAUUUGUAUAUUGAUUCCUAAAACGUUACCAACAAUAACAAUAAAAAAAUAAUACAAUAAAAGUUGUUUGCUUUCUGCCUG